AUGGCUAACGCCUCGUCGACCCGUCGGCGUCAACCUCGAUCUCAGCCCGAGGCGUCCAAGUCUGCUACCACCUCGCCAACAACGUCGCCCGAUGAGCCUGAGGACACAACAUCCCGAGUCAUCUCUCCCCUCGAUAUCCUAAGAGUCAUACUCACGUUGAUAUUCGCCUCCUGCCUGCUCUCAUACUACCUCACUUCCGGAACAUCCCUGCUCUUCAAAUAUGAACCGUGGUUCCUAAACCCAUCUAAGCUGGCUCACUGGUGGAUCGGGCCAACAUUUCUCACACCGGAGCAGCUGGUACUCUACGAUGGCAGUGACCCUGCGAAGCCUAUUUAUUUGGCAAUCAAUGGGACCAUCUUUGAUGUUUCCGCUGGAAAACACACUUACGGACCUGGUGGGAGUUACGAAGUGUUUGCAGGAAGGGACGCCACCAGAGCCUUCGUGACUGGAUGCUUUCUUGACGAUCGGACUGGGGACUUACGAGGGGCGGAGCUGAUUUAUAUCCCCAUCGAAGACGAUCCAGAUGAAGACAUAUCGAGUGGUGCAAGGAAACUGCGCGCAGAGAAAGAAAGACGAGAAGCCAAGAAGAAAGUCUUGGAUGAAGUGCGAAGAUGGGAAGAGUUCUACAAGAACCAUAAGAAAUACUUCGAAGUCGGAAAAUUGGUCGGCGUUCCAGAAUAUACGGACGACCCACCGACGCUGUGCGAGCCAGCAGAGAAGGGAAGGCCAAAGAGGAAGAAUAUGAAUGCCAAAAAGGAAAAGAAAAAGGAUGCACCUGGAAAACCUGUACAAUAG